AUGGCGGAGCCUGGCGGCGGCGGUGGCGGGGCCGGGGCGGCGGGCGGGCCGCAGCAGGGCUCCCCGGCCGCCGCGGGGCCGGUCCGCAGCGCCGCCGAGAGCCCCGGGGGGCCCGGCUCGGCGCGCACCGCGGGGAAGAAGGCGCAGCUGCGCGCCGCGCCGCGGGCCAAGAAGCUGGAGAAGCUGGGCGUCUACUCCGCUUGCAAGGCCGAGGAGUCCUGUAAAUGCAAUGGCUGGAAGAACCCGAACCCGCCUGCCACGCCGCCGCGGGCCGAGCUGCAGCAGGCAGCGGUCAGCCUGGCCGAGCCCUGCCGCAGCUGCAGCCACGCCCUGGCUGCUCAUGUUUCUCACCUGGAGAAUGUGUCUGAAGAAGAAAUGAACAGGCUCCUGGGGAUUGUGUUGGAUGUGGAAUAUCUGUUCACCUGUGUCCACAAAGAAGAAGAUGCAGACACCAAGCAAGUUUAUUUCUACCUGUUCAAACUUUUGAGGAAGUGCAUUUUGCAGAUGGGAAAACCUGUAGUAGAAGGAUCUUUGGAAAGUCCCCCAUUUGAGAAACCUAGCAUUGAACAGGGUGUGAAUAAUUUUGUGCAGUACAAAUUUAGCCACUUACCCUCGAAGGAAAGGCAAACAAUAGUGGAGCUGGCUAAAAUGUUUCUGAACCGCAUCAACUACUGGCACCUGGAGACACCUUCUCAGCGAAGACUAAGAUCACCCAAUGAUGAUAUUGCGGGGUAUAAAGUGAAUUAUACCAGGUGGCUUUGUUACUGCAAUGUCCCUCAGUUUUGUGACAGUCUACCUCGGUAUGAAACCACCCAGGUUUUUGGUAGGACAUUGCUUCGCUCUGUUUUUACUGUAAUGAGACGACAACUGCUGGAGCAGGCCAGGCAAGAAAAAGACAAGCUUCCUCAAGAAAAACGAACACUAAUCCUCACUCAUUUUCCAAAGUUUCUGUCUAUGCUGGAAGAAGAAGUGUACAGCCAGAAUUCUCCCAUUUGGGAUCAGGAUUUCAUGGUGUCUAGUUCCCAAACUGGCCAGCUGGGAAUCCAGACAGUUAUCAGUCCACCUCCUGUUGCAAGAUCUGUUGCAUACAGUGCAAGUCCUUCAUCUCUGGAGCAAUCCAACAGUGGGAAUAUGAGUCCAGCUUGUAAAAUUUCUUCUGCCCUUGACCCAAACUUAGGGGAAAAGAGAAAAAAUAAUGAGCCCUAUUCUCUGGAGGAUUCUAAAAGACCAAGGGUUGUAGGAGAUAUCCCUAUUGAGUUAAUCAACGAAGUAAUGUCAACAAUUACAGAUCCUGCAGCAAUGCUUGGGCCAGAGACCAACUUCCUCUCGGCACACUCAGCCCGGGACGAGGCAGCGAGGCUGGAGGAGCGCAGGGGCGUGAUUGAAUUCCAUGUGGUUGGCAACUCCCUGAACCAGAAGCCCAACAAGAAGAUCAUGAUGUGGCUGGUUGGUUUGCAGAAUGUGUUCUCCCAUCAGCUGCCUCGAAUGCCGAAGGAAUACAUCACCCGCUUGGUCUUUGAUCCGAAACAUAAAACCCUUGCAUUAAUAAAAGAUGGUCGUGUUAUCGGUGGUAUCUGCUUCCGGAUGUUCCCCUCCCAAGGAUUUACAGAGAUUGUUUUCUGUGCUGUGACUUCCAAUGAGCAAGUCAAGGGUUAUGGGACUCACCUAAUGAACCAUCUGAAGGAGUACCACAUCAAACACAACAUUCUCAACUUUCUCACGUAUGCAGAUGAAUAUGCUAUUGGCUACUUCAAGAAACAAGGUUUCUCCAAAGAUAUUAAAGUACCAAAAGCAAAAUAUGUUGGCUACAUCAAGGAUUAUGAGGGUGCCACAUUAAUGGGAUGUGAAUUAAAUCCAAGGAUCCCCUACACCGAAUUUUCUGUCAUCAUCAAAAAGCAAAAAGAGAUCAUUAAAAAGCUCAUAGAAAGGAAGCAAGCUCAAAUAAGAAAAGUUUAUCCUGGCCUUUCUUGCUUCAAAGAUGGAGUACGGCAGAUUCCUAUAGAAAGCAUUCCUGGAAUUAGAGAGACUGGCUGGAAACCAAGUGGAAAAGAAAGAGGUAAGGAGGCCAAGGAUCCAGAUCAACUUUACAGCACAUUAAAAACCAUCCUGCAGCAAGUGAAGAGCCAUCAAAGCGCUUGGCCCUUCAUGGAACCCGUGAAGAGAACAGAAGCUCCUGGAUAUUAUGAAGUUAUAAGGUUUCCCAUGGAUCUCAAAACAAUGAGUGAGCGACUCAAGAACAGGUACUACGUGUCUAAGAAAUUAUUCAUGGCAGACUUGCAGCGAGUCUUUACAAACUGCAGAGAGUACAACCCCCCCGAGAGUGAAUACUACAAAUGUGCCAAUAUACUGGAGAAAUUCUUCUACACAAAAAUUAAAGAAGCUGGAUUAAUUGACAAGUGACACUGUCUUUUUUACAACCAAAUAGUGUGCCUAUGUUAUGGACAGGGAAAGCCGUUCUAUAUCUGAGUUGUGGGACUUUCAAGAAACUUCUGUUUAAUACUUAGCACUUUUAAAAACCCUUUUAGUUUUGCAAACAUGUAUUAUAAUGAAGUUACAAAAAUUAUUUUAUUAAAAUGCUUUAUAAUGUAUUUAAUUACGGAAUAUUUCUUUUGUGUGCCGAUUACCUUAUGUUCCUAAUAAGUUUAUCAGCUACAGCCUCAGAAACCCCACAAACCUGGGGGAAGUUGCACAUGUUUGGGAAGAUGAAGAAAAUUCCCAGACAACAGAUGUUAUAGCUUACCUAAUGUUAUAGCUUACCUAAUGCAGUACCUAUUUGAUAAAGUUUUAUUAUUUUUUCCAGUAAAAAAGAAAAUCGUAAGGGAAAACAACAGGUGUGGGGGGGUUCUGAAACAUUUGUUUCUUUGUAGAAUCUUUUUAUAAGAUAUUAUUUUUUAAAAGAAACACUCAGCUGGUUGAGAAGCUGUGAGAGAAGAGUAGUCAGUUCUGGAAAAGGACUGCCUCUGAUCUUUGAUAGAUGCAAGUUUUUCUAUUCAUUUUCAGUUUUGAUAAAUAUUUUACCUGCAAAUUGUAAUCUCAUAACCACUCUUUAAAAAAAAAAA